UUCACAGCUGUAGCGAGGUCACUGAAUUCUGUUGGCGCACUGGCCAAAGCCUUUCACCUGGCUGGUGCCCCCAGUCCCCAGAGUUGGUUAUUUCUGUCCACGGUGCUAAGCAUCCACAAACCUCAGCUUCUUCAGAGAACGGUGCUUGGCUCUAGAGAGCCCCCAUCCCAGCCUGGAAAUGACACCACCACCACCAGUAACCCGUGAGUGAAGCUGGCUCCCUGGUCGCAAGGAAAACUCUAUCCACGGAAUCACCUCCGUUCAUCACCCCUGCCUGUAGAGAACAUCUAUAUCCAAGAAUACUAACAGUCCUCUUCUCAGUGUUUUCUUUUCUGGAUGUGGAAAGUAUAAGGAGACGGGCCAACCAACUGGUGACACAGUGAUGAGGUAGCUGGACUCACAAGGGAAAGCUCCUGGGUUCGCAUCCCAGGACCAACCUGAGUAUGCUAGUGCACAUGUGCAUCCCUGCCUGCGAUUAGACCGACUCAGACUGGGUAGAACGUCAUGACAUGAAUACCUUAAGCCUGCCCCUGAACAUACGCCGCGGCGGGUCCGACACCAACCUCAACUUUGAUGUCCCAGAUGGCAUCCUGGACUUCCACAAAGUCAAACUCAGUGCGGACAGCCUGAAACAGAAAAUUCUGAAGGUGACAGAGCAGAUAAAAAUUGAGCAAACAUCCCGCGAUGGGAACGUGGCAGAGUAUCUGAAACUGGUCAACAGUGCAGACAAGCAGCAGGCCGGGCGUAUCAAGCAAGUUUUUGAGAAGAAGAACCAGAAAUCGGCCCACUCCAUCGCCCAGCUGCAGAAGAAGUUAGAGCAGUACCACAGGAAGCUCCGGGAGCUCGAGCAGAACGGCGCCUCCCGGAGCGCCAAGGACAUCUCCAAGGACAACCUGAAGGACAUUCAGCACUGUCUGAAGGAUGCCCACGUGAAGUCUCGAACUGCCCCCCACGGCCUGGAGAGCAGCAAGUCGGGCAUGCCGGGGGUGUCCCUCACGCCCCCCGUGUUUGUUUUCAAUAAGUCCAGAGAGUUUGCCAACUUGAUCCGGAAUAAGUUCGGCAGUGCCGACAACAUCGCUCACCUGAAGAACUCCCUCGAAGAGUUCAGGCCCGAGGCGAGCGCCAGAGCCUACGGGGGCAGCGCCACCAUCGUGAACAAACCCAAGUACGGCAGCGAUGACGAGUGCUCGAGCGGCACGUCGGGCUCAGCCGACAGUAACGGGAACCAGUCCUUCGGGGCUGGUGGAGCCGGCACGCUGGACAGCCAGGGGAAGCUCGCCGUGAUCCUGGAGGAACUCAGGGAGAUCAAGGAGACCCAGGCGCAGCUGGCCGAGGACAUCGAGGCGCUGAAGGUGCAGUUUAAGAGAGAAUAUGGCUUUAUCUCUCAGACCCUGCAGGAGGAGAGAUACAGGUACGAGCGACUGGAAGACCAGCUGCAUGACCUGACAGAUCUGCAUCAGCAUGAGACGGCCAAUCUGAAACAGGAGCUGGCCAGCAUCGAGGAGAAGGUGGCCUACCAGGCCUACGAGCGGUCCCGGGACAUCCAGGAAGCCCUAGAAUCCUGCCAGACUCGCAUUUCUAAGCUGGAGCUCCACCAGCAAGAGCAGCAAGCUCUGCAGACGGACACGGUGAAUGCCAAAGUGCUGCUGGGCAAGUGCAUCAACGUGAUCCUGGCCUUCAUGACCGUCAUCUUGGUGUGCGUGUCUACCAUCGCCAAGUUCGUCUCGCCCAUGAUGAAGAGCCGCUUUCACAUCCUGGGCACCUUCUUCGCCGUGACUCUUCUUGCCAUAUUUUGUAAAAACUGGGACCAUAUUUUGUGUGCCAUAGAGAGAAUAAUAAUACCAAGAUGAAGCCACGGGUUCCUGCCUUCGAGUUCUUUCAAGUUAUUAUUUUAAAGAAAACUCUGUGCAUACUACCAAAUUUGAUAAGGAAUGGUUGGGCCGGCUGCAGAUGACAAAGACUGGGGCCGCGCGGUGUAAAUAACUGCAGUUCUUUCAGCAUCGUAGCAGUUGCCAGCGAGGUCCCAGGGUUGGUGACCGUGAGUCUGUUUCAGAGCUCUCCCCACACUGCUCACUGCCUUAACCAGCCUAGCUCUCCUACCCACCUGACGAGCCCAGCAUGGUCAACCACUCUUUAUUGAGCACUUGGCCGAAUUAGUGACCCAGAAGAAAAGAGGGUUCUCUCACAUCUCUGUCAUAAUUGAGAUUUUCUGUUGUUAGUGAUCAUGUUUUCCCGAGUCCUGUAACCCGCAAGGAUGAGGCAUGAUUUGGGGGAGCGAGGAAAGGCACUGACAGUGUUGAGCACACAGUAAAGGCUGUGUGGUCCUUCCCGCUGGCCCGCAGAGGGCUGUAGGUUCCAUUGGGUACACAGUGUCUGCAGUGGUCUCUGCGUGUGACCCGGAAAUGUGAAGUCUUGUAAUGCACCUGUUUGUCCACCAGAAGUCUACCUUACGUGGUAAGACCAAGGAGUUCUGGGUGGGGCUUUCCCCCUCUUACGCCCAGGUAACCACACCUGAUUUCCUCUUAACUAGCUAGCAAAUGCCCUCCCUUUAGAGCACACAGAAAUGCUCCCAACCCCUCAUCAGACUGUAGCUUUAACAUUUAUGGGGUCUUAGGAAUACCACGUUGGAGGUUUGUGUUUUGAUUCUUCUUAAUUUUGAUAAACCCCGUUUGAGGAUAUGACUCACUGUACGUGAUUCACUUUCUUCACAGGUCUGUGAGGGGUUGCAAAGCUCACCUGAGGAGGGCAAACGUGAUGUUCCUGUGGCAGGGUGUUUUCCUUGAAGGGCAACAGAGUCAUAGUUUAUACAGCUAGAGGGCACUGAGACAGGACCCCUGGGAACAUGAGGGAAAUAGGACAUUUGGCCGAAUGGGAAGGUGGCUAGAUUAGUGAGAGCAGUUCACCUGGAUGAAGAUUGAUGGAGAGGGUCCUCUUGAGGACGUGACAGGCCAGCAAGGCUGAAAUGAAUUAAGUUCAGCCAAGAUUACCCUCUGUCUCUUAGGACUGGACUGAAAAUAAAUUCCAAGGUACUAGGAUGGGCCACACUGCCACCAGGUGAGAACAUCCCAAAGCUAGCAUGCCUGUUAAGGGGAUUCCAUUCCCUCACUUCAGCCCAGGUUUUACUUUCCUUUACAUCCAUUUCUUUGUGCUCCUAACAAAAAGGAAGAUUUAGAAGAUUUUAAUGGAAACUGCUGUUGGGUCCCUCCCCCAUCACUCCUGCUGUUUGCUGAAGGCUUUAUGUCAAGACGCAUGUUAGUGUACAUUUAUUUUUUUCCAGAACACACUGAAAUCUGGAUUUGAAUUAAGUGCAAUAUUUUGCAAACAGCUAUUCUUAGGGAAAUCUUCUGGGGGAAAAAAAAAGUGACAGUGUGCACCAUAGUUUGAAAGAAUGGAGUAGCUAAGUAGAAGUCCGCCAUAUCGUGUGAGACUCAUGCAGCUCAGGCUUGCUUGCUUCUUUUUUAAGUGAACAACUGAGGGGUUUUAGUAAAUUUCACACACUUGUUCAGCCAUCACCAUUAUCUAAUUCCAGACCCAAGCUUUUCAAAACAAUAAACAUCAUUGCAUAAAAUCUUCGGUUAUGAAGUAUUUUGGAUUCAGGAAAGAGGGGCUUACUAGUCCCACCCCUGUCUCAUGGUCACGGUCUUUCAUUGUCAGGCUCCUCCUGGUCUCUCAGGUUGAUAUGUUUACACUGUGACACUGUGACCCAUCCAAUCCAGGGACAGAUGGGGCUCCAGGGCAUGGAGGGAAAACAAUGGUGGUUCUUCCCUUUGUGAUUUUAUUUUAAUGGCCAGCACUGGGUGUCAGAUUCCACAUGCAUGGUGGGUAUACCUUAUACCCUGAAUCAAGCUGGAUCCUGAAGUGGGCUUCUCUUUCCAUCUGUGAAUCUUUCCCAGGGGCACUUUGGACACACCAGAGGUUAGGAUAGGUGUAGAUGCCACUGUUAGUUUAUAGAUGAUGAGUGAGAUUUCUGCCCUUGAGGUGGGUUCAGGGAGGUUCCAAGAAGACCUGAGCCUCAUCUUACAUCACCAUACACCAUUCCCCACCACACACCACUCCCCCACUCAGCCUAGCAAGUUUGGUUUGAUUGAUUCUACUUAGACCUGUGAUCAGGAUAUCUUCCAGUGAGAGAGGUAGAAAAGAAAAUGGAAAGCAUUACACUCUACUCCCUCUUGUCCAAUGACAGAACUUGCUAGAAACUGGCUCCGUUAUAAAAUACCAUAGGGUAGAAGUCAUCCACCCGAUCAUGAAUUCCUUUUAAAUAAUUCAUAUGUCUGGUGACUCCCAGUAGAUGUCAAUUAACCUUGUUUUCACUUGAGUAUGCUCAACCAACAUGGUAUAUUUACUUUAGAGUCUUGUUGAAAGUUCAUGAAGCUUUUUUAAUAUGAUAGACUCCUAGGAGACUUUUACUCUAGCUUAUUAUUCUCUUCUUAAGGAAUAAACUAUUCCAUUGCUUGUUCUUUUCAAUGCAUAAUGAGAUUAAAUGAAAUUUUAUAAAUAUGCAAUUAAAAAUAGUGAAAGAGCUAUGUCAUAUCCUGGAACUGAAUCUUUAGUUUAUAUUUAAGUCAACUAAUCCUUUUCCCGUGCCUUUACUUUGCAGUAAACAUCUUGUGCAUCCCAAAAGAUGCAAUCCAGUUGUUGGGUGGAUAAACACCUGGUCACUCAGUGAAUGUGACUGAGUGAUUUAAGAUGCUGGACUUUGGAUUCUAGCACUGGAUUUUUUGCAACAUACUAACUUUAUGAUCUUUAGGAUGAUAAUUUGAGGACAAUAUAAAAAAUUUAAAAUGCUCUUCUGCAGAGUUUGAAAUGGUUAUUUCAGCUUCUAUUUUGAGUAUGAUUAAGCCAGGAAAAGAACUUCCUUUCAUCCCCACCCCCAAAAUUCAUCAUGCCCACAAAAAAGCAAAAGCUCAAAGCACUCCAAAGUGCUCUUACCUCUGACUUUGGAUAGUGAAAACAGGACAGCCCACGUAUCAAACAUGUAGCCUUCAAGAUCCCUCUGACCUACUGAUAGGCAGAAAUCUGAAACCUCACUUUCCAUUUCAGCUGGUGAUGUUGCCAGCCCUCUUUGUCACUCAGCAUUCAUGUGACGCAAGCCCUUCUCUUGCUUUGUCACUCCAGUUUUCAUUUCAGAAUUACUAUGUGUGUUUAUUGCCAUCCCAUUUCUCUGUCAUAUCAGGUUUAAUUAUGGGUUCAAUAUUAGAGAACUAGCUUCCCUCAGGCAACUGAUUAUUUUUGUCUUUUCUGGUUGGAUUUUAAAUACCAAAUCAUUUUGCAAUGAAUAGGAACAUUUUUUACUUGUAUAACCAAAUGUAAUUGUAUUGGUUUGAAAAAACUUUUAAAAACUUAUUAAUAUGAACAUUUGUGAUUAAACAAUGUAUUUUCCAUGUUUCUGUCAUUUUGAAGGGUGGGCCAGCAAUAGGAAGAAAUGGCAUUAUUUAAAAUGCAGAGCUUGGGACCAUCAGGUGAUGUGGUUAUAGUGCUAGACUCUCAUGGCUGACUAGACCUGGCAGCUUGAAAAUCACUCCAGGCAUGUG